ACCCAUUCUAGCAUCCGUAUAGGUAAGAUGAUCAGCCUCAUCCAUUCUACGAUACAUCCAUCCAUGCCGCGUCGACCACCGCCAGAUGAUUCCAUCCUUUCGAUGAUGGAAGGAUGGAAAGCUACGGCACAGAUUCAUAAACCACAUUCUGCGGCAGGAUGAUAAGCACGUAAUGCGGAGCCCAUGUCUCAUAAUUUCCUGCCUCUCCAUUUCAACAGAUCACUAUGGCUGAUACAACUCCUAACUUCAAGCUCGUCCUUGUUGGUGACGGUGGUACCGGUAAGACUACUUUCGUCAAGCGUCAUUUGACCGGUGAAUUCGAAAAGAAGUAUGUUGCUACCCUUGGUGUUGAGGUCCAUCCUUUGACUUUCCACACCAACUUUGGUGCCAUCGUCUUCAACACCUGGGAUACCGCUGGUCAGGAGAAGUUCGGUGGUCUCCGUGAUGGUUACUAUAUUCAAGGACAGUGCGCCAUCAUUAUGUUCGACGUCACCUCCCGUAUCACAUACAAGAACGUUCCCAACUGGCAUCGUGAUCUCGUCCGUGUCUGCGAAAACAUCCCAAUUGUUCUUUGCGGUAACAAGGUCGAUAUUAAGGAGCGCAAGGUCAAGGCAAAGACCAUCACAUUCCAUCGCAAGAAGAACUUGCAAUACUACGAUAUUUCUGCCAAGUCCAACUACAACUUCGAGAAGCCUUUCUUGUGGCUCGCCCGCAAGUUGAUCGGUAACCCUAACCUCGAGUUUGUUGCUGCACCCGCCCUCGCUCCUCCUGAGGUCCAAGUUGACGACAACUUGAUGCAACAAUACAACCAGGAACUCGAGCAGGCUGCCGCACAGCCCUUGCCAGAGGAGGACGAUGACUUGUAAAUUCCUUACAGUGGAGUGUUAAUACAGUAGUUUUUAUGAUAAAAUCAAUAGGAAAUGGGCUCUCCAACUUGGUGUAGCUUAUUAUAGUCGUGAACUAGAUCCCACAAUGUAGUGUUGUUCCUUUGUCAACCCACCUCUUUGAAGGAUUGGUAUAGGUCCGAUAAGAACAGAAUAAAUACCUUUAGCCAUAUUUUUUUGCCUGG